AUGGUUAUUCGCCUUGGUAUCAUCGGCCUCUCGGCCCACCCAUCAGCAUGGGCAACAAUGGCUCACAUCGGCCCUCUCAGCAAAGAACCUCUCUCGGACAAGUACCAGCUGACAGCUGUUGCCACCUCCUCACCCGACUCGGCGAAAGCAGCAGCCAAAGCCUUUGGGCUGCCAGAAGACAAGGCAUACUCAAGCCUUGAGGCCAUCGCACAGGACAAGGAUGUUGACAUGAUUGUGGUGUCUGUCAGGGUGCCCAUGCAUCAUCAACUUACCAUGCCAGCUUUGAAGGCCGGCAAAGACGCGUUCGUCGAAUGGCCGCUCGGCGCAAAUCUUGCACAGGCCGAGGAGAUGGCUGCGUUGGCGAAGCAGAAGGGGCUGAAGACUGCGGUCGGUCUUCAAGCCCGGGCAAAUCCAGUCAUUCAAAAGGCUAAAGAGAUAAUCGAUUCUGGAGCCCUGGGACGCGUCCUCACGACCAAUUUUGUCGGUACAACAACUCGUUUCAUCAAUUUGCCGGAGAAAGCCGUGUACGUGAACGAUCCGAAGAGCGGUGCUGAUAUCGUCUCGAUCCCCAUUCUUCACACGCUCGACGCGCUGUGCUACCUUCUUGGAGAAUUCAAAUGGCUUGCUGCAGCUCUCGAGAAGAAGUUCCCAGAAGUUCAGUUCACAAGGGCGGAUGGCACCAAGACCGAUCCUGUCCCAUCUCGGUCUCACGAUUCCGUCAACAUCCAGGGUGAACUCGAAAGCGGGGCGCCCGUCUCGUUCGCAUACCACGCCACCACGCGCGCAACACCCGAUCACCUCACUUGGGUCAUUUCAGGUGAGAAGGCAUCGCUCAAGUUCGAUGGCGAUCAUGCGACUGUGCAAAUGGCGCAGACCAAAUUGAGCUUGUAUGAAGUACCCCAGGAUGAUGCUGCUGGGUUGUAUGAGAAGAAUGUGGCGGCACCAUGGAAGGAUAUCGAAGUGGAGGCGAACAUGGCCUUUGGAGGUGUGGGCGAGGUUUACCAGGCGUUCGCUGAGGGCGACGGGGGAAAGGGCAUUGUGGUGGACUUUGAGGAGGCGGUCAAGAGGCAUAGGUUGUUGGAUGCAAUCUUCAGGAGCGCUGAGAAGGGGACUAGGGAGACUUACUGA